AUGGCCAUGUCUCAAAAACUGGUCACAAUCAGCUUCAUCUUCGCGACGAUACUGCUCUUCACUGUAUUAUUCACGAGAACAUCUCCUCGCUUCUCAAAGUCAAUAUCGCCACAGAAUCAUGAAGCUGUCUUUAGUAACGAUCCUCAUUUAAACUCAAGACUCGCUCAUGCCGAAAAACUAUGGAAGCGCUCUAUCAAAGCUCGCGAAGAAAUGGUCGAAGUAGUUGGCUACGACAAGACCUUCCCCGACGGAUACAUGAACCCGUUCAACGUCUGGGACUUUGCUCGCCCAAGUUUCUUCUGCCCUCACGAUCUUGAACGUGUCGGCUCCAUCAGCGAUGGCGGCAAGAUCAUCUGCGGCAUGUCGCGCUAUGAGAAAGAAUGUCCUGGUCCGUCAUCAGACUCAAACAAGGCGCGCGAAUUCAUCGUCUACUCAUUCGGAGUGAAUGUCGACUCCUCUUUCGAGGCAGAACUGCUCCAGCGCACGAAUGCCCGAAUCUGGGGAUAUGAUGGCACCGUUGAUAAAUGGGCGCAGCAAGUUCCUGAGUGGAUAUGGUCGCGAGCCAAGUUCCAAAAGGCAAUGAUUGGGUACGUAUCGGAUAGCAAGGCUAGACCGCCUGUGUUCUCGAUACAGGAUCUUAUGAAGAUGAAUGGGCAUUCUUAUGUUGAUCUAAUCAAGAUGGAUAUUGAGGGCGCUGAGUUUGAUGUUCUGACGUCGUUGAUUGAGUCGGUCAAAGAGCAGAGGAAGAAUGGAAAUGCGACGUUGCCUUUUGGUCAGUUAUUGGUUGAGAUGCAUCUUAAGCAACCACCAGAAGGAAUCACGGUCCCAAAUGACCUUCGAUCAUGGCUGGAGUGGUGGUAUUCGCUAGAGGAGAUGGGCUUGAGGCCAGUGAGCAAUGAGGAUAAUUGGAUCGGUGAUAGAGUCUAUGGCAUGCCCAGAUUCAUGGAAUACACAUUUAUCAACGCAAUUGACAAGGAGCGGAAUUUGUUACUGUGGACAUGA